AUGGGCCUCGUCAUCCCGACGGCAAUCGGGGCCCUGGCCUUGUUACUGCUCUAUCACCAUGUCUUGCACCCGGCCUUUAUCUCCCCUCUACGAAAGCUGCCAGCAGCACAUUGGACAUGUCAUUUCAGUUCCAUCUGGAUUCUGGCGGCCCGUUUAUACAGGCGAGAGAACAGAUCCUUGCACGAGGCGCAUAUCACACUCGGCCCUGUUGUUAGAAUUGGGCCUGCGGAAGUGAGCGUCGACGGCGUCGAGGGCAUGCGAGUCAUAUACCAAGGAGGUUUCGAAAAGGGCUUUUGGUACAGCGUCUUUUCAAAUUACGGCGUCCCCAAUAUGUUUUCUACGGGCUCGUCCAAACAUCACUCGGCCCGGAAACGCAUGGUAGCAAAUGUCUAUUCCAAGUCAUACCUUCAGUCGUCGCAAGCGAGCAAGGCUCAGAUGUCUCACAUUGUCUUUCAACGGCUCCUGCCGGCGCUCUCGGAACACUCAUCCAAAGACAAGUUGGUGUCCAAUGUCGAAGUUUUUGGUCUUUUCCUCGCCCUUGCUAUGGAUGUCAUAACUGCAUAUCUCUUUGGCCUCUCGAAUGGCACAGACUUCAUUCAAGACGAGCAAUACCGUCAGUCUUGGCAGGAGAUGUACCUUGCUCGCGCCAACUAUCCAUUCUGGACGCAAGAGGUACCCAACCUGACCGCGGCUUGUGUGCGUUGGCUCCCCUGGCUCAGACUCUACCCGAAAUGGGUGGAUGAGUCAAAUGCCAAACUCUGCCAAUGGAACUUGAAUCUCUGCCAAGGAGUGACCAAGAAAGCAGAGCAAGAUACUACGCAAGGCCGAUCGCAGCAGGGAAAGGCCAGCGCGGAACCAUGUGAAGAGGCUGUUGUGUUCAAUGCCCUGCAGUAUGGGAUCGACCGCGAGCUCCGAACGAAUGGAGAGAAGAGCAUCCUGUACAGAACGAGUAUUUGCGAGCGGGAGCUUGCUGUAGCCUCUGAGCUUAUGGAUCACUCACUGGCAGGUCAUGAGACUACGGGGAUGGUUCUCACAUAUGCAACAUGGCAUCUUUCAAAAUCUCCGGAUCUACAAGAACAACUUCGUUCUGAAAUCAUCUCCAUCGGUUCCUCACUCAAGCUUGGUCGGCCAUCUACAGUCGAGGCUCACGAAUUCGAGGAUACAAAGUCCGGCCCAAGCCUACCAGAUCUUAAGGCCCUGGAUGCACUGCCACUUUUGAACGCAAUCGUCAUGGAAACUCUUCGCCUGCAUGCGCCUAUACCUGGACCCCAACCACGCGACACGCCCAAGGAGGGCUGCAACAUAGCAGGCUAUCACAUCCCCGGGGGCGUAAGAAUCGCAUCGAUGGCUUACAGUCUUCAUCGUGAUCCAAAGGUUUUCCCGCAGCCCGAGUCAUGGAAGCCGGAGCGGUGGUUGCCCCAAGAUGGUACGGAUAUGGAGACGAGUCAUCGUGAGAUGCAUCGGCAAUUCUGGGCUUUCGGGAGUGGAGGCCGCAUGUGCGUUGGCUCCAACUUUGCUCUGAAUGAGAUGAAGGUCAUUCUUGCUGCUAUCUACGCCAAUUUCCGGACAACUAUUGUUAAUGACGAUGGAAUUGAGCAAGAGGACGCCUAUACAGCGAGGCCGGUUGGGGAGCAGUUGGUCUUGAGGUUUUACACGUUAGAUGCUUAA